GAGACAACACGAUCAGUGUAUACAGCCGGCAAUAUGCGAGCCGUCCGCGAUUUAUUUAGCGCCGCGUCUCGCAGGCAGCAAAUUGGGCGCUAAACUCCAGCUACUGUCAGUCCGACUGCCACUCGGCUGCUAAGCCUGUAACUCCUCCUCCUCACAACUCUCAGCUCGCCUCCCGCGCUCUCCGCCAAAAUGCCGCCCAUGGCGUUCACCGGCCUGGUCACCAAGGCCGGGUGCAUGAACAAGACCGUCACCGUCACCGUCUCGCGCUUCGUCCUGCACCCCCGAGUCGGCAAGCGCCUCGAGAAGACGAAAAAGUACCUCACGCAUGACGAGCACAACCAGCUCCGCCAAGGCGACUCCGUCCUCAUCCGCAACUGCCCGCCCAUCUCCGCACGCAAACGGUUCACGCUCGAGCGCGUCCUCCGCAGCCCGGAGAGGGAGCGCGAGCUCGCGCACCAGCAGACGGCGAAUCAGGCGGCGGACACCCCCGCGACACCCGUGGCGGAGACCCAGUCAAGACCAGAGGCUAGCUUGUGAAGCUCGGGGCUAGACGGGCUUAUGGGCGGAGACGACACCGGCGGACGGCUCGGAGGCGUACGUGCGCAUGCCAGCGUGCUAUUAAGGGCAUCCUACGGGCACGUUCGGGAGAUGGGAGGCGGCAGUUGGUCAGGGGAUCUGCACGCUACUACAUUCGACGGGUAUGCAUAUAUUGUAAGGCUACAGUGUAUCAGGCGCUGCUCCGAAGCAGUAUAAUAGGCAUUCAUACUCGAACACCCAGCAAGCAUGACAGUAGGUUGUGUCACCGGCAUCCACGACUUUGCUAGAGCCCGCAGACCCAGCGACCUGAGGUAGCGGUGAGGGAAACGGCACGGGUGCGCAGGUUUCCUCCACCGAACGUCAGAAGGAACCGGAUCUGCCCAUAUAGCCCGACUUCAUGCAGCAACGGCGGUCGGCGGAGCCUGCGUCUUCAGCUGUUGUUGCAGCGCUCCCUGGAUCUCAACGAGCUGCACG